CGGCUUCAUAACUCAUAAACCCCUUCUGCUGCUUCAAAGCAAGAAACCCAAUUUCAAGUUCCAAUCUUCAACCACUCCACUCGACAAAGGAGCGAUCUUUCUUCAAAUCCCAUCUCAGGAAGUUGUUUCCAGCACUCCCAAAUCAAAACCCCAAAUUAUAAAAAAAAUGACUUCAUCAGAGAUCGAAAUUGUAUCAGACUCUGCAAAAGAAACCAAAAACAACACCGCAGCAGGGCAAAUUCCGGCAGAAGUGGUGAUCAUUGACGUCUUUGGCGCUUGUGCUUACGGCGAUCUGCCGAAACUGCGAAAAUUCGUCGAAGAAGAUGGCGUUUCUCUCUCUCAACCUGAUGGUAAUGGCUAUUACCCCCUUCAAUGGGCGUCCCUCAAUAACUUCGCCGAUGUUGCUCAGUACAUUAUCGAGCAUGGUGGGGAUGUGCAGGCGGUUGACGGUGUGAUGCAGACGGCGUUGCAUUGGGCGGCUGUUCGUGGUUCAGUUGCAGCAGCAGAUGUGUUGUUGCAGAAUGGUGCUCGUGUCGAAGCUACUGAUGUAAAUGGUUAUCGGGCAGUUCAUGUUGCAGCUCAAUAUGGGCAAACAUCGUUCUUGAAUUACAUAGUGGCUAAAUUUCAUGCUGAUUUUGAUGUACCAGAUAAUGAUGGAAGGACUCCUCUUCAUUGGGCUGCUUAUAAAGGAUUUGCAGAUACAAUCAGAUUACUUCUUUUUUGGGAUGCCUUCCAAGGAAAGCAAGAUAAAGAAGGUUGUACCCCUUUGCAUUGGGCAGCAUUGAGAGGAAAUUUGGAGGCAUGUGUUGUACUUCUACAUUCAGGGACAAAACAGGAAUUAAGGGUGAAAGAUAGUGCUGGAUUCACACCUGCACAAAUUGCUGCAGAUAGAGGCCAUCGCCAUGUUUCUUUGAUCCUUUCUAAUGCACUUCGUGCACAAAACAGUUGUUGGAAAGACAAACCUUGGAUUAAAAAAAUCGGGGAUAUAGGCUACGCCCCUAUUUUGUUCUGUUUAGUAUUUGUCAGCACAUUAAUCUUCAUCAAUUCCAUUCUUUUUGCUUCUAAUCUUGUAAAGGUCACUGCUGUUGUUGGGCUUUGGGGAUGGACAGCUGUUUCCCUUUCAAUUGCCUCUUUAUUGAUGUUUAUCCGUUGUAGCAGUAAAGAUCCUGGUUAUGUGAAUAUGUCGGGAGGGAUAAAGAAUAAUGCUGAUGCCGAGGGUCAUUUGUUGACCAUUGAUUUGACUAACACUGCUUAUUGGAGUGGAAAUUGGUCUCAGUUAUGUCCUACUUGCAAGAUAAUAAGACCUGUUCGCUCCAAACAUUGUCCUGCAUGCAAACGUUGUGUGGAACAAUUUGACCAUCAUUGCCCCUGGAUCUCAAAUUGUGUUGGAAAGAAGAAUAAAUGGGACUUUUUUGUGUUUCUACUUUUGGGAACUCUGACUUCAGUGAUAAGUGCAGUGGUUGCCCUUCAUAGAAUGUGGACAUCAAUACCUCCAUUACAAAACAAUGAAUCUUGGAUUCAUCAUGUCAUUUUUAAACAACCUGGUGCUGCCACCUUUCUUUUUAUUGAUUUCUUUAUCUUAAUUGCUGCUGGAACUUUGAUCAUCAUACAAGCCUACCAGAUUAGUCGAAACAUAACAACAAAUGAAUCUAUGAAUGCUACAAGAUAUGGUUAUCUUCAGGGAACAGAUGGGCGUUUUCGGAAUCCAUAUAAUCAUGGAUUUGUGAAGAAUUGUUCGGAUUUUUUAAUUCGAGGCUACACAGAUGAUGAUGAGAUAACUUGGCCUCCUUUGCAACAAGUUUCAAGAUAGUUGACAUCAUAUAUAUAACAUACAGUUAUACCUUAAUUUUCCCCUUUUGUAGAAAACAUUAGAUCUUGGAUUUUGUUACAACACAUGAGUGUAGAAUAUACAAGGAUUUGUGUACA